UUGUAAUCUUGUCCAUUAAAAAAUUUCCACUAAUAAAAGCUCCAACUUUCUCUGCUCUUUCACUCCCCAAAAGAACUCUCCCCAAGUUUUUCCUCCCAAGUUCCAAGUCUAGGCUAGAGAUAUAAAGGGUCCUUGAGGGGAAAGAGACUAGAGAGAGAGAGAUCACUCAAAUCCAGCCAUUAGGCUUCUUGAUCAUCUUUUUUAAAUGAAAUAAAUGCUCACACACCUAAACCUCUUCUUCCCUGAAGAAGAUGGCAUUCCAAGAACCACAAAAGCUUCCAUUUUUGUUAAAGACUGCAUCGUUUUCCUGUGAGGAAGGAGAAGAGCACAGACUAGAUGCAGAAAAAGAGAGGUUUUGCAUUGAUGAAUCUGUGUUUUUGUGGGAAGAUGAAGAAGAGCUGAGCUCUUUGUUCUGUAAAGAAAAAGAGAAUGCUUUGUUUAAUGUCAUUGAGAGAAGUCCAGAUUUGGCUAAGGCAAGAAGUGAGGUUGUGGAGUGGGUUCUUAAGGUCACUGCCCACUACUCUUUCUCUCCCCAAACUGCCCUUCUUGCCAUCAACUACCUUGAUAGAUUCUUCCCCACACUCGAGUCCCAGACUCAGAAAUCAUGGACGAGUCAACUCGCUGCUGUGGCUUCUCUUUCUCUUGCUGCUAAAGUGGAAGAGUCUCUUGUUCCCCUCCUCCUAGACUUCCAAGUUGAGGAAGCAAAGUAUGUGUUUGAGGCGAAAACGAUACAGAGAAUGGAGCUUUUGAUACUCUCAAAUCUGGAAUGGAAGAUGAAUCCCGUGACUCCAUUCUCAUUUCUCGAAUUCAUUGCCAGAAAGCUUGAUUUGAAGGGUCAUCUCUGCUCUGAGUUUCUUAGCAGAUGUGAGGGUGUUCUUCUCUCCAUCAUUUCUGAUAGUCGAUUCAUGCGUUACCGACCCUCUGUGAUGGCCUCUGCCACAAUGUUGCAUGUCAUUGGGAGGAUUCUGCCAAGAGCUGGUAAAGAGUCCCAAGAGCAAUUGAUGGGAAUUCUUGGAACUGACAAGGACAAAGUGGAGGAUUGUCAUAAGCUAAUCAAGGAGGUGGGAUCAAGAAUCCACUUUGAAUCAGCUUACAAGAGAAAGUAUGGGGCAAUCCCAGGGAGUCCCAGAGGGGUUAUGGAAGUGUCAUUUAGUACAAACAAUUCCUCCAAUGAUUCAUCAUGGCCAGCCAUGGCUGAUUCUUCACCAUCAUCAUCUGUUUGUUCAUCCCCAGAGCCUUUGCCCAAGAAGAUCAAAAUAAUGUCUCCUCAAGGGCAUCAAAAUCCUUGCAAUUCCUCAGUAUAUUCUUGACUGGACAUUUUGUUUCCUAAAUUUAGACAUUUGGUAACUAAAUGUUGGGUUAUUGCCCAAAUAAUUGGCACCACUUCUUGUUUAUUUGUUGUAUAACAAUGUUAAAUUGCCCACCAUCUUCACAAAUUUUAAUCCAGGCUCUCUCAUUCAUAGAGAGAGUAUGGCAUGGGAGACUUAGGCCCCUUGGUGAUGAAGAUGGUUUGCAUUUUAUCCGAAAAAAAUCCUGGAAAUAGAAUUUAAUAAGAGUAACGUAACUUAAAUUUAUAGAUAGUAUAUGAGUAAUUUGUUUGACUUUCAUGUCAGCUUGUCCCCUCUCGUUAUUUCUCAUUUAUAUUAUUAUUUCAUACUAGGGAAAGUAAUGAUUAC